AUGCCAGCCCCGCUCCUCCUCCUCCUCUCCCUGAAGGCCUUCCUCUCGCCCUUCCCGCACUUCCUGCUCUCCGACACCGUCUGCACCACGCUCGUCUCCAUCUCGCUCCUGCUCACCCCGUCCCACCUCCUCUCCUACCAGACCGACGUCCGCCUCGACCGUCUCUCGCUGCACCUCGCCCGCCUCAUCGGCCUCCUCCUUCUCUCCUCCUCGCUGCACACGCACCGCGCCUUCACCACCCGCACCCUGCAAGAGCGCGCCGCCGCCUCCUCCUCGCGCGCCCUCACCGCCCUCAUCCUCUUCCUCUGCGCCGUCCACGCGCGCCACCACUACCCCGCCUGGAACUUCCGCUUCGCCCACCUCACCGCCACGGGUGCGGCCUGCUGGUUCGCCCCGCACUUCUACUUCGCCCUUUCCACCGUCUCCACCGCAACCCCGGAGCCGAGGGGCGUCGUCGCCUUAUUGUUCCUCGACUACUUUAUGACCGUCGCCGUCGGCCUGGCCUGCCUCGCCUUCCCGCACGCCGUCCUGCGCACCCUCUCGGACGUCCCGCCGAACGCCGUCUCGGUUACGCUUGCCCGCGUUUUGGCUGCCAUCUUAAUUGGCUUGGCCGCCGUGUCGCAGGCGGGCAUGGCGUACGCGAGCUUGGAGGCGAAGAGGCAUGUCCACUUGACUCGGCUUUUGACGGCGGGUCCUGUGCUCAUCCUGCUUUGUCUGGGCUGGGCCUGGCGCUGUUUUAAUGACGUGGGGCUGUUCGUUGGCGCUGGAGCCGCAAUCGUAUGGGGGGCCAACUCGGCUCUUGGCUGUGCGGCCACUGUCUUCAUUCAGCGGGCGCGCGAUGCCGCACGAGCUUCGAACAAGGAAAUUAAUAAACUUUCACCUUCGUGA